UAAACCGACCCACCGUUGACACACACCAAAAUUCCCAGUUUUUUUUUUUUUUUCAUCAACAAACGAAAUCACUACUCUAAUUCCGAUUUCACAGACUUAUUAGGGUUUCACGAAUCCAAAUAUAUACAUACAUAUAUAUAUACAUAUAAUAACUUCAAACCAUACAUAUACACAAAAGCAAAUUAGAUCUAUAUAUGGAACAGCUUAUCAACUUCAUCAUUCGUCCACCUAGAGCCGAGUAUGAGCCUAAUAAUGAUUUACUAGAUCAAGAAUUCAUGCUUAAAGGGAAAUGGUUUCAAAGGAAAGAUAUAGAGAUUUCAAAUAGCCGAGGAUACAUUCUUCAGUGUAGUCAUUACUUGCCUAUUGUGAGUCCUGAAGGAAAGCCUUUGCCAUGUGUGAUAUACUGCCAUGGAAACAGUGGGUGCCGAGCAGAUGCCAGCGAAGCAGCUAUAAUAUUAUUGCCAUCAAAUAUUACUGUCUUCACUCUUGAUUUUUCUGGGUCUGGACUCUCUGGAGGAGAGCAUGUCAGUCUAGGGUGGUAUGAAAAAGAUGAUUUGAAAUCUGUAGUAGAUUAUUUGCGGUCUGAUGGAAAUGUUUCAUUAAUUGGCUUGUGGGGAAGAUCAAUGGGUGCUGUAACAAGCCUGAUGUAUGGAGCCGAGGAUCCUUCAAUUGCGGGAAUGGUUCUUGACAGCCCCUUCUCUGAUUUGGUUGAUUUGAUGAUGGAACUUGUUGACACCUACAAAAUUCGUCUGCCCAAGUUUACUGUUAAGUUUGCUAUCCAGUACAUGCGAAGAGCUAUUCUUAAAAAGGCAAAAUUUGAUAUUGUGGAGCUCAAUACCAUAAAGGUUGCGAAAUCUUCUUUUGUUCCGGUUCUAUUCGGUCAUGCUGGUGAUGAUGAUUUUAUACAACCACAUCACUCUGAUCGUAUCUAUGAAGCUUACAUGGGGGACAAGAAUAUCAUUAAAUUUGAGGGUGACCAUAAUUCUCCACGUCCCCAGUUUUAUUUUGAUUCUAUAAAUAUCUUUUUCCACAACGUCUUGCAACCACCAGAAGAUGAAGUUAAGGGGAACUUUUUUGAUUCCUCCCUUGAUUACCUCGGCAAGGAAAUUCAUGGGGUUGGAUAUGAAGAUGAUUUUUUAGUUGCACCUCAAGCAUCAAGUAGCACUGAGGAUGCAAUUAAUCAACUCCGCUCUAAAAGGCCUAUGAGUAGAACUGAGGUUCCUUCUGAUAUCCCGUCAGCAGAUAAAAAAUGUAAUUCUGAGGAUGAAGGGACUACGAAUAAACCUACGUCAUCUUCUAAAAUGAUAAACAUUGAGUUUUCUAAUGGCCAUCCUUGCUCAUCAGCAGAGGAUCACGAGUAUGUCGAGUACCCACUUCAGCACGUGGAAGGUUUCCCAUGCGAUGUCGAGGAAGAAGAAAGGAUGCUCAUGGAAGCCGUGCUCCUUUCGCUAAAAGAUUUAGAACCGAAACAAGCUGGCGAUCAACUACCGGUCAGUGAUGGCAAAUCUUCAGUGGCUAAUGAUUGCCCUCCAAUUAAAAUUGAUCCUACACGGGCUUCAACAGCAAGUAGCAGUGAUUCACCUUCACAAUUCAUGUCUCCAUGUAACAGCACAUCUUCAACUGAACUAUCAUCAAGUAUGACUCCAUCUGCUGAUGGUUCGGGUAGGGCAAGUAGGAAAUCUGCUGCAAAUACUGGAUGUAUUGGUUCAUCUGAUGUUGACGUGGCUGAUCGAACCAAAGCUACAGUGACAGUUGAAAGAACCCCGUCCAGUAACAUAAUGGACGGGCUGUUAAAACGUUGGGAUCUUAAUUUCUUUAAGAAUAGAUGAUGAUUUCAAAAUCUCUUGGUUUUAGAGAGUGUGUUGUGUCAGAUGAAUAUAUAUUCUUUUCUUUUUUUUUCUUCUUAUUUGGAGGUGGUGUGGUGAUUCAUUGUUUUGAUACUGAAUGGAAUUGGACAUGUGAUAGAAAUACGGGAGGUUGGUGUAAUUUGAUGUAUAUAAGGUUCAAUCCAUGCUUGUAAUUUACAUUCUUUUCCAGUGUAGUUGGAAUGUUGAAAGAAAUGCUAAUGUUAAUACCUUUUAGUUCUGCAA